CGCGCGGGUAGAGCUGCCGGCGGCACAGAGCUCGCAGUGCGGCCCGCGCUUCCCAGUGUCCGCGCCCGCUGUUCGUGCCCGCCGUGCCCGUCCCGCCAUGGCCGCGGCCGCCCUCCCGCUCCGGCCUGGACCGGGGCCACUGCCUCUGCUCUUGCUGCCUCUGCUGCUGCUGCGCGCCGGCCCGGUGCGCGCCGACAGUAAGGUGUUUGGCGACGUGGACCAGGUGCGCAUGACCUCCGAGGGCUCCGACUGCCGCUGCAAGUGCAUCAUGCGGCCGCUGAGCAAGGACGCGUGCAGCCGGGUGCGCAGCGGGCGGGCGCGGGUGGAGGACUUCUACACCGUGGAGACAGUGAGCUCGGGGACCGACUGCCGCUGCUCCUGCACCGCGCCGCCCUCCUCACUCAACCCCUGCGAGAACGAGUGGAAGAUGGAGAAGCUCAAGAAACAGGCGCCCGAGCUCCUCAAGCUGCAGUCCAUGGUGGAUCUCCUGGAGGGCACCUUGUACAGCAUGGACCUGAUGAAAGUGCACGCCUACGUCCACAAGCUGGCUUCCCAGAUGAACACGCUGGAAGAGAGCAUCAAGGCCAACCUGAGCCGGGAGAACGAGGUGGUGAGGGAGAGCAUGCGCCACUUCAGCGAGCAGCUGAAGCACUACGAGAACCACUCGGCCAUCAUGAUGAGCAUCAAGAAGGAGCUCUCCAGCCUGGGCCUCCAGCUGCUGCAGAAGGAUGCAGCCUCGGUGCCCGGCGCCCCCCCAGCCACCGGCCCUGGCAGCAAGGCUCAGGACACAGCUGGAGGGAAAGGCAAGGACAGCAACAAGCAUGGCAGCGUGCAGAAGACCUUUGUGGACAAGGGCCCCCCCAGACCUCCCAAGGAGAAGCUGCUGAAGGCGGAAAAGCUGAAGAAGGAGGGCGGCAAGGGCCGAUUCCCUCAGCCCACAGCCAAGCCCCGGGCCCUGGCCCAGCAGCAGGCCGUGAUCCGAGGCAUCACCUACUACAAGGCGGGCAGGAAGGAGAUGACCGAAGCCAUGGCUGACAAUGCCCUCAAGGGCACUUCCUGGCUGGAGCAGCUGCCACCCAGGGUGGAAGUCAGGCUACCCGAGCCCAACUCGGCAGAGCGUGACGAGGCUGGUGGGCCCAGGGCCUCCGAGGCAGCAGAUUUGGCCCCUGGCACCCCCGCCUCGGGUCCCACCCUCACGCCCACUCCCACUGCCAGCCCUCUGCCCACCGAGCCAUCUUCCCGCCCAGAAGUCCCCAGCCCAGGCAGAGAGGCAAGCUGUGAGGGCACCCUGCGAGCCGUGGACCCCCCCGUGAGGCACCACAGCUAUGGGCGCCAUGAGGGAGCCUGGAUGAAGGACCCUGCUGCCAAGGAUGACAAGAUCUAUGUCACCAACUACUACUAUGGAAACAGCCUGGUGGAAUUCCGCAACCUGGAGAACUUCAAGCAAGGCCGCUGGAGUAACAUGUACAAGCUGCCCUACAACUGGAUCGGCACGGGCCACGUGGUGUACCAGGGCGCCUUCUACUACAACCGCGCCUUCACCAAGAACAUCAUCAAGUAUGACCUCCGCCAGCGCUUCGUGGCCUCCUGGGCGCUGCUGCCCGACGUGGUGUACGAGGACACCACGCCCUGGAAGUGGCGCGGCCACUCGGACAUCGACUUUGCCGUGGACGAGAGCGGCCUGUGGGUCAUCUACCCCGCCGCGGAUGACCGCGAUGAGGCCCAGCCCGAGGUGAUCGUGCUCAGCCGCCUGGACCCGGGCGACCUCUCCGUGCACCGCGAGACCACGUGGAAGACGCGGCUGCGACGCAACUCGUACGGGAACUGCUUCCUGGUGUGCGGCAUCCUGUACGCCGUGGACACGUACAACCAGCGGGAGGGCCACGUGGCCUACGCCUUCGACACGCACACAGGCGCCGACGCCCGCCUGCAGCUGCCCUUCCUCAACGAGCACGCCUACACCACGCAGAUCGACUACAACCCCAAGGAGCGGGUGCUCUACGCCUGGGACAACGGCCACCAGCUCACCUACACCCUCCACUUCGUGGUCUGAGUGGGGACCUGCGCUCGCGGGAGCGGAGUGGCCGUGGGCACGGGGGCUCCCCACAGCAGCUCCUGCAAGGCACCUCCUCAGCAACUCUUCAUUGGGAGCCAGGCCUGGCACGAGGUGCUGGGCAGGUGGGGUAGCCAGGAUCAAGCUUCCUUAGUGCUCAGUGGAGUAAUUAUCGCUUCCAGUUACAGAAUAUUGUGCCAAGAACUUCACUGUGCACUAACCCACUUAAUCCUCCUAUUGACACUCUUGGAGGGAGAGACCACUAGCCCCCUUAACAGAUGAGGAGACUGAGGCCUCAGCUUGGAUCAGGCAGGCCUGUUUCACCGAUGAGGAGACUGAUCAUAUUCUCCCCUCCCUCCUGUUCUCUCAAACCUGUUUCCCUUCCCUCGGGCUACUCAAAACCAGAGGCUUUGGGGAUCAACACGCUUGCGUUGGGUGGAGGUCUGGCUCUGUGUGCCACCCCAGGCCCCUAUUCUGACUGAGCUAUUGGUGGCCCUGGACUUUGGGCCCUUGGCUAUUGUCUCUGCUCCUUGCCUUUGGCCACCCCCCCACCCCAUUCCUACCCCACCCGCUGUCAGACUGCAUUCCAAACCUCCACAGUCACCCAGCCACUGAGCAGAAACCACACCCCGAGAAAAAAAUACGAGCCCUCGUUCCAAGACCCCCCCCCCGUACUCAUUUUUAUUUUUUCUUAUUCUUCACCAGUGCCGUCAUUUGUUUCUGCAGCAGCAGCUGAGGAGGCUGCAGGCAGCUGCCUGCCAGCAGCAAUACCAGGGUGGGGAACUGGGCCAGGCCCCGAGGCUCCCUCUCCACCCAGAAGUGCUGGCUUUGGCCACAUACCCAGGUUGUGGGACCUCUCCCCUGUCCCUCCCAGAGCCUUUGGGCCUGGGAUCCACCUCGUUCUUUCUCUCUGUUUGAACCCACAACGUAUACACACUCAGGGAUACCUCCAGGUCUGCCAUGAGCAGGACGCUAGGGCUGAGGCUGGGUGGUGCCAGGAUGAAACAGGUUCGCUCCUCCUUGUCAGUCCUAACCUGGUCAUUGGCUGGGCUGGCCCAGCAGCCUGGGGACUAGAGCGGGCUGAGAUGUGGGCGGUCAGGUCCAGAGGAGGCUUUGGACCUUCUGGUUGCAGGGAAGAGCCAGAGGGUGGCAGCUGAGAGGGAAGGAGAAAGGGGGUCUGUGGCUUGAGCUUUUCUUGGCUGCAGAGAGGUUGGUGACAGGGCUGCCCAGAGCCCAAGACUUGGGACUGAGGAUGCACAUACAGGCUACCUCGCCCAGGGCUGCUGCUGGCUCCCCCGAGCCGCAGACUCAGACAGCCCAGAGGAGGAGACCUUCAGGCCUGCCCUCACCUGCUCUGAACAGCAUUUUCAGAGCUGGGACGUUCCCCAGUCCAACUCCCUGCUUCACCAAAGGAGAGACAGGCCCAGAAAGGUUUAGAGAAGGGCUCAGGGCCACGCAGAACAGGACACAGCCGAGCUCCUUCCAGAAGGGCUUUGUCUGUAUCCUUUAUUUUCCUGGCUUCAAGGCAGCUAGGCAAUAGGCCACCCAGCACCCAAGCCACCCCAGUACCUCUGAAGGGUAUUUACUGCUGGUCUCUAUACAAACCAGCCCUUGGUAUCUGUACACGUGAACACCCAGCUGCCAUGUUAGGAAAUUCAACUGCAUACCCAAGAGUGUAAGGAAAUGCUUUUGUGCAAAAUAUAUUUCUUUCAGGCAUUGUCAGGUAAUGUGGUUUUGUUUAAGCUAUAAAAUUAACUCACCCCUGAAAUAAAGGGGGAAGAUGAUGCCCAGCCAAGCACAGCCUGACUCAUAGGGGUGAAUACGUCCAGCCUCCCCCACCCAACCGAAGGCUGAGGGUUCCACUUGCAGACUCUUCAGGGGGCUGUGAGUCCCAGUGUUUCCCUGGGCCCUGGGUGUGGGUUUUAGAAAACUGUCUUUUUGAUAUCAUGGCCCAACCAUGUGAGAAGUAUUCAGGCUCCUCUUUCCCCAUUAGUCUGAGAAAAAGGAAAAUUAGAAUGGACUGAUUUUUGAAGGACAAGCAAGAUGGUGUUAUGGAAUUUCCCUUGUGGCCCAGCAGGUUAAGGAUCUGCAUUGUCACUGCAGUGGCCUGGGUCACUGCUGUGCUGUGGGUUUGAUCCCUGGCCCGGGAAUUUUUACAUGCUACCAGCACAGCCCAAAAAAAAGUUUGCUGGGGGAGAGGAUGCUGGCUGCAGCCUCUAAACAUUCACUGAGCCCCUUCUGUUUUCGGGCCUUUGCAUGUGGGUUGUGCUGCAGGUAGAGUUUGUCCUCACUUUACAGAUAGUCAAACUGGAGCUCAGAGAAGCUAAAUGAAGGCAGUUAAGUGGAGAACCAUGUUCCCAAAUCCUGUCGUAUAAGCUGAGCAUCAACAGAGGGUUAGUUUAGGGAUGCCACGUGCGUGUUUUUCUUGCAUCAUCCCAACAGUGGAAGGUAUAAUACUCUGAGUGUGCCCAUUUUUACAGACAAGGAAACUGAGGUAAAGGAACUUACCCAAAGUCACAAGGCAGCUUAGUCUGUAGUGCAGUCAGGGUUUCAGGGCUGGUCGGUACAUGUUUGUUGCCAAUUGUGUGUCACUCUAGCAGCGGCUCUAGAAAUGACGGCUGUUUUUUUUUUUUUUCACCAGUGUGGCCAAGCUGCAAACUGCAUCUACAUAGGAGAUCCAAGAAAGAGGCUGGGGUCAGAUUUAUAAAGAGCCUUGACUGCCAAGCCAAGGAGUGACUGCCUCCAAUAACAUUUGGAACAAAAUUAAGUGUGAAUUAACAGAGAAAAGGAAAUUCUAAGACAGUUGGAUUUUGUCCUAUCAGAGAUGUGAGGCAGGGAAGAGUUUCUGUGGUGGGCUUUAUCAGGUUUGGUAACAAGUACUUCAAGCUAGGAAGGAAGAGGGCCAGGCUUUCCUACCAGCCUCAGCAGUAAGGCAAAGGAAGCUGACUCUUUUUUCUGAACAACAUGAUACGCAAAGAGGCUUUGGUGGCCACCUUUGCUCCUUUCCUAGAGAUUUCUAGGCCUUAAUAUUCAGUUUGCUCUGCUUGGGGGAAAAAAAGAGACCUCUGCCUUGGUGGGCAGCCCUAAAGGUGAGGGUGAGGGUUUUUUCCUAGGAAUGACUUGAGGGUUCCUGAAAGCCCAUGGGUUUCUUCUAAAGCAACCUUUCCUCCAUGACAGCAUUGCAAACCACUCUGGGCACAGGAGGCCACAGUGCUGGAUGGUUGUCGGGGAGCCCUGGAGAGCAGUGAGGGAGUCUUUCGUCAGAAUCAGCUAUGCUCCGAGCAGCUGCGCAAUUGGGCAGGGACGGGACCGACAGAGGGGACAGAUGUCACCUCCCUUUUCUGGCUGGAGAACUGCAACUUAGGACAAAGGGCAGCUGAGGGCCCCAAAGCGCCCUCCUGGUGCUAGAAGGCACCUUUACCCACAUUAUCAUGAACCCACCCAAGGCUGGCGUUACUUUCUCCCCAUUGCAGGGGGUGAACCUCAAGUUCAGGAAGGUGAAGCAACCUGCUCAGGGUCACGAAUCUUUAACAAGUAGUGGAGUCAAGAGUUGAACCAGGUCUGUUUUUACACCGAAGCCCCAAACUGACGGUGGUUAGGAAUGUAACCGGUCACAUUUUUGGCCACUGGGAAACUCAAAGUCAAAUUUGAGAUUAUUUGUAACAGUUGUACUGAGGCUCCUCCUCAACUCUGGCUUCAUUCUAGCUUUCUGCUUUUACGUGUACCCUGAUCUCUUUCUUUUUGUUAUAUUUUAUCUAUUUUUGUAAAUUGCCACAAUAUGCCAGUAUGGUUUUUUUUGUAACAAGGUAGAUGAUAUCUAAAUAAAACACAUGAUCAAAGGCUUGAUUUAAAAAUUU